AUCUGUUCCUGUAGCAAUCGGGGAGCGGGGGGGUGGGACGUCUUUUUUUCUCUCUUAAAUCCCCCCGGGGAGGUGGUCAGCACCAGUCAAUAAUUGCUGACAUGGAACGGAGGCCCGAAUAGGCUAAAGGGAGGGGAGAGAAGGAUAUCUGGAGGUGCACGAGAAAAUAUGCAAAAAGUAAUAAUGCAAAAAGUUGCAGUCAGGUUGAUUGAAUGGAAAGUUCAAACUGCCCCGGCUCACAGGAAAUACUCCAGCGCUGACGGACUGAAGAUCUGCGCUUGACAUGAGCCGAGAAACAACCGCCUCGGAUGUAAACAUUGUGGGAAAACAAAACAAAGAAAGAGAGGAAUUUGGUGGACGGAAUAACAUCUUUUUUUUGCCUGUGUGUUCGCUUUGUUCAAUGACUGGAGUGGAAAGUAACUGGGAAGUUGGUUCCAAGGCUGCACUGUUGAUUGCAAUGCUGCAUUAGUGAGUGGCCGGAGGGAGCCGGAGUGGGUCUGUCAGUACCGUCCUCCCGGGAGAGGCACCCUCUGCCCAUCAGCAGCCCGGAGCAAUGCCAGCCCCUGCCGGGGACAGCUUGGACAAUCCCGCCCUGGGAGAUCUGCACAUUUCCACCUCGGACCUUCACCUUCCCCUUCCCGUCGCCCGCGUUUCCCGAGAGGCGAUCCGGAAUUUCCACCACACCAAGCGGGUUGGAAGUUACCUGAUUGGGAGGAAGUUAGGAGAGGGAUCUUUCGCCAAAGUUAGGGAAGGGUUGCACGUCCUGACCGGGGAAAGGGUGGCUGUAAAAGUCAUCGAUAAGAAGAAAGCCAGGAAAGACUCCUAUGUUACGAAGAAUCUACGACGAGAAGGGCAGAUUCACCAGAUGAUUAGGCAUCCAAAUAUUACGCAGCUUUUGGACAUAUUAGAAACAGAGAACAGUUACUACUUGGUAAUGGAGCUAUGCACAGGAGGCAACCUGAUGCACAAAAUAUAUGACAGAAAAAUAUUGGAAGAAGCAGAGGUAUGUCGAUACAUCAGGCAGCUCACUCUAGCAGUGGAACAUUUACACCGGGCAGGAGUGGUCCACAGGGAUCUGAAGAUUGAAAAUCUUUUACUGGAUGAAAAGAACAAUAUAAAAUUAAUAGAUUUCGGAUUGAGUAACUGUGCUGGUAUCUUGGGUUAUUCAGACCCCUUCAGCACUCAGUGUGGGAGUCCAGCAUAUGCAGCUCCAGAGCUAUUAGCACGCAAGAAAUACGGUCCCAAAGUGGAUAUAUGGUCAAUUGGUGUGAAUGCUUAUGCGAUGCUGACUGGCACUUUACCAUUCACUGUGGAGCCAUUCAGCCUGAGAGCUUUGCAUCAGAAAAUGGUGGAUAAAGAUCUCAAUCCCCUACCUGCUCAUCUCUCAUCAGCUGCCGUUAACUUUCUGCGAUCCUUACUCGAACCUGACCCUGUUCAAAGGCCCAAUGUCCAGCAGGUACUGUCUGAUCUCUGGCUGAAUGACAGCCAUCCAGGGACACCCACAUGCAGCAAUGUUUACCCAGACAGACUUCAUCCUGGAGACUUGAAUCAGAAUGUGCUGCUUCACAUGACUGAGAAGCUGGGAUAUAAACAUACUGAAGUGGUAAAUACUGUGCUAGCAAACAGAGCCUCCCACAUCCUUUCCAUUUAUUUUCUGCUCAACAAGAAAUUGGAUUACUAUUUUAAAAGCAUCCAAAAACGAGACUUAGCAAAUGGUAUUUGCUACAAGAAUCUGGUGCAUCAGUCUGAAAAAUAUAGGCUCAAGGGAAUACAGGAGGAAAAGAAGCCCAAGAAUCCAGAAAGAGGAGUGGAGUUUUUUCAAAAACCAUCUGUAAGAAAAGCAGAGAAAAGCUCUAAACCUUUAAACGCCGGUAAAGCUGUGCUGAAGGAGAAAAAAGUUCCCGAUCCUGAGAGAGGACUGAUUCUGGACCCUUGCCUUCCUAUACCUAUGCCAGCAGGUGAAGCUAGAGCCAGCAAGAAUGGAUAUGUCAACUCACAAUCCUUGGAGUAUUUGGAAGUGAACUGUCCUCUCCCCAGGACCCCAAUGCCUAUCAGACAACAUGGCUCUCAGCCACUAGAAACUGUGAGCGCAAAACACAGAGCAAAGGACAUAUACCCCAUUGUGAACAGUAAAUAUCCUUCUUGCCUGGGGCAAGAUCGAAUUGAACUAAUUCCUCAGCAGAGAGCCGUGGGACCUUCUGGGAUUUUGUCUUGCUCAUCCACUGAUCAGACUGCAGUUUCAAUUCAGCAGCACGAGUGUUUAAGAUCCAUGAAAUCACUGAGUCAUCCUAGUCACACCAUUCCAUCGUAUGAAGAAAAGAAAGACCUUAUGGCACCCCAGAUGGUGUCCCAUAUUCCAUCUGUUUCCAAUAAUGCAAGAUCCACUGAACUGGGCAAUCCUUAUCUAGUUAAAAGUAGGGGCAAGUUUCCAAUGAUGGGCAUUGGUCAGAUGCUGAGAAAACGGAAUCAAACGAUACAACUAAAAAUGGACAGACCCAAAGAAACAUGUGGUCCUGAGUUUCCUACAUCAGAUAUUAUUCAGAAGAUGCUGUGUACUUCUGGUAGUCUGGAACCCCAGUGUUGAUUUCAGUUCUCAACCAGAAUUAGAUUUCAGUGUGAUUUAUCUCAAAGGGACACACAUCAAGCUGGCAAAAUUGCUUGCUAUAUUUUUUUCCAUUAGUAUUUCUUUGUAAAGUUUCUCAGGAACAUAUCUGAAAAAUAUUUAAUCUAACUUUCAAAUGCAAAGCUGAUUUGGAUAGUGCAAGGCCAAGAAUUUGUUCACAUAUCUGUGUAAUUUAAAACAGCGCAAAAGUUAAUUGAUUCUGUGUAUAAUAACUGCAUGAAGACCUUUGUAAAAGAAGUAUUGUUCAUUGGAUCAUUUUCAUUUGAGAAUUGUAAACUUUUUAACUGCUGACAUAGCUGACAUUGUAAGCAGCCAUUCAUCCAAGGGCUGAAAGUAUUACACUUGAGAAACAUUUAGAUUGUGUUUUUAAUCCAUAUAUGCGGUAUUCUUUUAUUGAAGCUAAAUUGUCAGUAUUCUUCUGAAGCAAUUGUGUAUUCUAGGCAUUGUUUUGUUAGAAGGUGAGACAUUCAACAAAAAAGUUGAAGAGAUCAUCAAAUCUAACAAACACCAUAAGAAACUGGCAUGUUUUAUUUAAGGCUGACAAAUGUUUGCAAUGUUAUAUACACAUACAAUAUAUGUAAGCUUUAUCCUUGAUUUAAAAUGCUUUGCAUUCAGUCUUUUUUAAAAAUUUUCCUUUAACAACGUG